AUGCGAUUCGAUCCAGAUAUAGUAGAAUCAUAUUCAGAUUCCUCGAGUUGCUCUGGAAGUAGAAGCCGGUCAAGGUCCAUUUCACCUGCGAGGUCUGCAACUUCCUCAACUGGUUCGAAUUCUCCUAGUAGAUAUCAAAGAACAUCGUCGUGGGAGUCAACAUAUUCGACAUAUUCUGCUUCGCCAUCUGGUUCCGCUGCUCCAAAUACAAGCUACAACGAGUAUUCUAGUGGCAAUGAGAGGGAACCACAUCCACGAGGCAGAACGCUGGAUCCUCGUCGCCGUUCGCCACAUUAUUCAUGUAGUUCCAGCAGGUCUCCUUCAUGUAGUAGAUCACCAGAUGAGGUCUACUCACACAGGAGGAGUCGUGGUUCCAAUGUUCAUCCAUCAAAUCAUUCCACUGACAAGGUGGGAUGGUUUAGAAGAAUAAAGAACAAGCUUGGGUUCCAUCAUCAGCAUGACCACCACCACCAUCCCGGCCGUCAUAAUUCUGGGGUUUCAUCAUCCAAGGAGGAUGAAACUGUCCACGCUCAGCAUCGCUCCAUUCCGAAUCCUGUAAGUAAUGGUAAACUUCAUUGCAAAAGGAAUGACCAAGCGGUGAGAAAGACCAACAGAAGAACACAGGUGAAGAACGAGCCCAAACAACAUGGACAUGUCAGAAAGUUCUUUGGAGGUGUAGUUGGUCACUUUCUGGGCUCGAAUAAAUCUAAACCGUCAGCAGCUGAUAAAAGACGGUUAGAAAGAACAGUAACAGGCAAGGGAAAUGUUGCUGUCAAGAAAGUGCAUUGGUUGGAGAAAAUUCAAAGACGAGGGUCGUCUAAUCCUGGAAAAUCACACGCCAAGCUUGGAUCUAAGACUAAGUAUCCCAAGUCCAAAGGGAAUAAACAUAACAGUAAGAUGAAGAAACUUCUUCUGUAA